GAUUUCAGAAACAAAGACAACUGAUGCGUCAGGUCAUUUCCUUGUCAAACUCAAAGAAGAGCCAAAGAAGCGAAAUUCAAGUCUGAAUCAACUUCAGAGGGGAAGAAGAAAAAAGGAGAAUGAGGAAGACAUUCGUAUGUGAUGAAUCGAUGAUCAUCACCAUUCCAAUUGGAAGUCUCAGGGAUCUCCGAGAUGGUCAGCUGAUGCCAGAGAAAUUCCACUGUGUCUUCAGAGACUCCUACAAGGUCUUUGUUAUUAAGGGGAAACCUACACCUAUGGGAGCAGCUCAAGCCAUCGCUGGUGUGUUUCUUUUCACACUUGGACUGGUUCAAAAAAACAGUCCAAGCGUGCUCCUCUACACUCUACCGAGUAUUCUGUUUGUGGUCUGUGGUAUGCUGUCCUUUGCUGCAGGAAAAUUUCCAAACAUGCAUGUGACAAAGCUGUCGUUCUCUCUGAACAUUAUCAGCUUCUUCUGGUCAGUUGCAGCAUUUUCUCUCGCCUUGGUCUUCUUUCCUUAUCAUCCUACCGAUGCCAAGGUGGCUCAAGGAAUCAGCGUGCUGAUAAUGACCCUGCUGGUUGUUGAAAAUUUGAUAGCCAUAUUCUUGAUCUACUGGUUGAGCAAAGCUGUGUGCAGAGAACAUUUCAACACUUUGCCCACCGUACUGCUGAAACAGGGAGACUGAAUUUUAGUGACAGAUGGAAACCCGCGAACGACCUACAUUUAACUUUCCUGUCAGUGUCAUAUGCUCCUCAGCAUGCAACAAACAACGACUGUGAAAGCCUGUAUUUGUCAUGCACUGCUGCUCAAGUAUAACUUGUAUGUAUUAUUUUUCUUUUUGAAUAGUCACAAGUUGCAACCCCUGUUUACUUCUGGAUCAUAUGAAAGCAGCGGCCACAUCUGUAUUGAGUAAAAAAAAGGAAAAAGUGUGUUUGUAAGCUGUCUUUGAUUUUUGCAAAAAGGUAAACGUACAGUAGUUGUUUUUUUAAUGAGAUGCAAACCAUAAUUCUGAACAUUAAUAAUUUUUUAACAAGAAUAUUUGUGGAGAAACAUAAUACAGGUGUGAGCUCGGUGCCGCUGGACUCCAGUGCUUGUCAUCAACUCCUAGUUUGAUUUUACGUCUCUGACUUUUACGAUAACACAGAGAUUUUUGCUCCCCGGAUCCUUGAGCAGACAAGCUGACAGAAUUCCUCAAACUUUCCUGAAAUUUAAACUUUCAAAAAAUCUCAGUAUUUGUAUUUUUUGCCAUUUGUAAACACUGAUUUAACUGCUUGCUGUUUAAUGCAUUUUAGCAUUAUGUGUUUUUUAUGGUGUUUGUGAAUCAGCACAUAUACUUUUAAAUAAACAGUUCUCUGUGUGUUUUGCUCUGUAUCCUGUGUAAAUGUAUUACUACCCCGAUACAACAUGCACAAAAGAAUCCGAGAAGCAAGGGUUAUUUUAUGUUUGCUACAAAGUAGAAAAUAAGUGAAGCAUGCAAUGCAGUCUGUAAGAUGUAAUAGUUUUAAUGGGAACAAAUACUUUAUAUGUGUAAAUAUAAUUAUAAUAACUGAUUAUUGAUAGCAAUUUAAAGAUAUAUAGUGUAUAAAGAAACAUAAAGUAAGAACAAGGUAUUUGGAUAUAUUGUGUGUAAAGAACUUUUUAUUGUUCUGCGCGAUCCUAAAAUCUUGUAAAAAAAAUCAGCUGCCUUUGCAGCUGUUUUCUGCUGUUUAUGAAAAAUGACACAGACACUCGUCAGUAAAAUAAAGCAACUGAGCAGAUUUAUUUACUUUUAAGGUGUUUGUACUUUCAUCACGUAUUCAGUAACUGUUGAUCUUUAGGGCCGCAGAUGGAGGGGCGCUUUUUGUUAUUUUGUGCAGAUAGUGUGAACGUUUCGAGAGGAAGUCUUUCUUUUUUUUCGCUUUCUUUUCACUGUAAAGCACUUUGGUUUUAAAUGUGCUUUAUAAAUAAAUUUUUGUGUGUUACUUGAUUUUGUGUCAAUAUCUGCUUUGGACUUGCGCGUAUUUAAGAAGGAAAUAAUGUGUUUUAUUUUCCGCCCCACUUUCUCAGAUCACAGGUAAUUAUUACUUUAAAAACCUAAAAUGAUGAAACAAAGGUCACCGAAUAUGACAAAUAGCUUGUUUUAGAACUGAUUUUAGGAUUUAGUGACUUCUAAGAUCUGGUAUAUAUGUAACAUAACACAGCUAUAUAAUGGCGUGCUUGUAGUUGAGGUCCUUGGGCAGAGGACACUUAUCUGAUCCUGAAAUGAGGUCAGCACUGUUGGCGACCUCUUUUAAAUGUUUUCUUAAGAUGCACAUCAAUCAGAACAUUUCCUGGUUUCACUUGAUUUCACUUGAUCUUUGCUACUGUUGCGUAUUUUCACUUUUAUUUUAAAUUGCUUUUAUUGCACGGGCCCCUUUUUCUUCAACAAACUUGCUUUGCUGCUUGUGUACUGAGAUAAUAAUCAGUCACUGUAUUGCUUUACAGUAAGUUUAGACGCAAUAGUAUUUUCCCAUGUAUUGAACUUUGCAAUGCAAGUUUAGAAAAGUGUGUUUUAAACACAGAGUGCAUUCAUACAGCACUUUUAUGUAUGCCUAAGUGCUUUGACUAACGUUUACAUUUUGAUGGAGGCAUUUGGGGGAACUCAGUGUUCAGCAUUGCCCAGGGAUACUUUGACACAUGGUGAUCCACUGAUGUUCUGAUUGGUAGAUGACCGCUCUACCACCUUAAUCACAGCCGCCCAUGGAAUAAUAAUAGCUUAUUUUACUGUUAGUAAAUUUAUGUUUGUGAGAUCGGGUGUGAUCUCUGGUUUGGAUACAGACAAAAAAAAUGAGGCCCUCCCUGUCUGUCAGCUUUGGUAGUGUUACAGUUACACUAUAUAUUAAUAAUAUAAAAAUAACACAAAGAAACUGACUAACAAGACAAGCCUAUAGAGAGUUUAUAGAACUUCUCGUGGCAAAGCUAAUGUGUUUGACACAACAAUGCAUGCAACACCGUGAUUCAAUCUUAUAAAGCUGCUGGACAGGAAAGGCUGGAAAACAAAAGAACAACAAC